AGUAACACCACACGUUACUAUGGCUGCAUUAUCCUUCGAUCACAACAUCUUCAUUGAAGGUCCAUCUUUUCACGUCGAUCUGGCCCCGCUCGACGGCCGCCAUCUCGAACACUACAGCUGCCGCCUCCUCAUUUUCCGCUGCACUGACUCUGCGCAGCGAGAUGCACAGCUCGCCGCAUUCAAAGUUGGUCUCCAAGCUCUUGUCUCGCAAUGCCCGAUUUUAGGUGGCAAGGUCGUACCUCUACCCCCGGAUCAAGCCAGCCAUGGCAAAGAAGAUUGGCGUACGAUCGUUCCCGAUAAAGGCAUUGAGCUUCUUGUUAGAGAUCUAAGAGGGAAAAUACGUUCUUUUGAGGAGCUCGAGGCUGGCAACUUCUCAACUCUUCAUCUCCCCGAAGAGUUGCUCAUGCCCAUUCCUCAAAGUCCCGAGAGCCCAUCGGCUGCUUGCAAGGCUCAGUAUACUGCCAUUGAAGGUGGUACGAUCAUCUCCUUCACGAUCUCGCAUCAUCUGGCUGAUGGGUCUGGGACGGAUGAGUUGAUGAGGAUCUUGAGUGAGGAGACUCGACUUGCACCAAAUUCCAACACAACGAAUCAGCCUCGCGGUCAGAGGAAGUUGGGUCUGGAUCGAAGUCUUCUCAGAGAUACCACGAGCUACAAGCCCUUCAACAUAGAAGAGCAUCCCGCCUUCAGGAUAGAAUCGUCUACUCCAGCAACUACAGAGACUGAAGUAGACCGAGCCACUCGUUCUUUUGAGGCUUCGUCUCCAGAAACCCCAAUAAUUUUGCGCAUCCCUCCAGCAGGGCUGGCUCUGCUGAAAGCAGACGCUACUCGGCCAGAAGCUCCACCGAUAUCAACACACGAUGCACUCAGUGCCCUUAUAUGGCGUACUGUCAUGCUGAUCCGCAGUCGAAGAUCAGCACGAGAUACCCCAUUAUCCACAGCAUCGAAAAUAUUCAUGCCAUCUGAUUGCCGCCGUCAUCUCAACUUGCCAACUUCGUAUAUCGGCAAUGCUGUCUACCAAUUGACCGCGGAUUUGGACCUCGAAAAGCUUCUCUCGCCGUCUGGCCUUCAAUAUGCUGCCAGCUCCCUGCGUCGUGCUAUUACAGCUGUCAACCCAGAGAUCGUGGCGAGCUACAUGACAAAGCUGAAGGAAACCUGGAUAGGGUGGGGUUUCAUGGUUGGCACCUCUACCAUUGCAGUGGCAAUGGGAACGGAUUGGACAAGCAGCUCGCUGUAUAGUGAUGACUGGGGAGAGGCAUUCGGCAAGGUGGUCAGGUUCAGGUAUCCAGGAACCAUUGGUGAGGCAUUCAACUGCGUCUAUCCUAAAUUACCUGAUGGAUCAGCCGAGGUCAUGGUGGGAGUCAUGCCCGAAGAGGUGGAUGCUUUGAAAGGCCCCGAGGGCUUUGGGAAGUAUUUGGAGGCUCGGUAAACUGUAAGUAGAGUUGUGGAGAAGAUGUUGUAGAAGGCGGUACCAUGACAAGCCGAAUUGAAAUAGGUACAGAGUGUUAACCGCUGCCGCUUUAUAAAACUACUGUUUGUCCUCUUUCUCCAAUCGUUCAAGCGAUCGUAUGUCUCCCUCCUGCCAUACCUCAAUGAUCCUAGC